AUGCCGGCAGUGGUCACUACAAUCAAAGCUUUAACAACCUUGUUCGCAACCCGUUCUGAUGGAGUUGGAACCGCAAUCCCUACUAUAGACGUUGUCAUAACCUUGACCCCGGCUCGCACAGUUGCUGAUGAGACCAAGACCGGUUCGUCGCCCCCUUCCCUUCCCAUCUCUCAAAGUCAAGUCAAUGGAGAAACCUUCGCAGUUACCGAACGCAUAACUGCGACGGUUUCUGGCAUCUCAAUCCUGACGCUGCUCACCACAGCCUCAGAUUCGGUGGCGACGAUACAUCCAGGUACAGGUCUGACAGCUACACUAGGGCCCAUCUCUAUUCCCCAGGCGACCGGCACAUCCCAAGCUCACGUUGUCCCAUCGGCUAGCGGCUUCAAGUAUUUAGGAUGCUACACGGAAGCAGAUAAUCGGGCUCUGGCAGGAGCGUCUUUUCCCGAUGAUUCGAAUACCGUCAAGAAAUGCGCUGCCAAUUGCGCCCGGUUCAAGUAUGCCGGUGUCGAGUAUGGCCGAGAAUGCUACUGCAGUGAUACCCUCAAAUCAGGAUCCACGGCUGCUUCCGAGAACGAAUGCAACAUGGCUUGCGUUACUGAUCCCCAGUGCUCUAAAGGUGGGAACAGUCUAGAACUGUGCGGAGGCUCUGUGAGAUUGAAUGUUUACAUUCGAGAGGAGGACUGGUCGUCACCCUCUGUCACUUCCCCAGCCACUUUAACAAUCGAGAGUGCCGCUACUCCAAGUCUCUCAACAUCACCAGGCAUGUCUCUUUCGGCAACCGCCUUGGCCAUUUCACCUCCUCUACCGGCUACUCCAUCGAGCGCUCAAGUCACUUCGACGAUUAAUCUCAGUUCCGCUCCAGAGAAUCCCACGUCGGUCAUUGUGAACCACGACACUACGGCGACGAGAACCAGCUUCGUGACCACGACUCACACGUUUACGACGACUCGAUCGAACGCGCCAAUUCAAACUUCAUCCCCGCUGUCCUCAUCACCCGAUUUUGCAAGAACCACCGCAUGGUCUUCCUACCUAAGCGACACCUACCCAGUCCUGUCGCGUCCAACCAUCCCAAUCCCAAUCUUCACACCAAAUUCCCUGAUGUGCCUCUCGACCAACGCCACCCAGCACCCAGCAGAUACUGCCACCCCUCCAGCAACCUCCCUCUCCUCCGUCUCCGUCUCCGUCUCCGUCUCCGUCCCCCCCAGCUCCGCUCUCCCCUCCCCCAGCCCCAAGUCCACGCCCGCAUCCCCAGGUUCAGCAGCACCACCAGCGACGAACAACGCGUCAAUCACGAGCACCUCGGCGACGAACAACGCCUCAACCGUGCGCAUCACGACGAUCCGGCGGCCGGGACCAGGUCUAGGGCCAAGCGGCACCCGCAGCACAGCCUCGCCUGGGCCAGUAUCGAGAGACCUUCAGGGGAGGAGAGCAGGCGCGCUUCUGGUGUGCGUCGUGGCUGUGAUGAUGGUCUUUGCUUUUUGA